GCAGAAUGUUUUUACAUGCAUGUCCACGAGUUUGAUUUACUGAGUCGAUUGUGGUGGCGCAUGCGCGUGGUCAAAGGUCAGAAGUAUUGUCAACACGACGCACCAAUCAAAUCACAGACAAGUUGAUGGCCACUUCACCAGAUUCGCUUCCUUCAGCCAACAUCCUGAUUGUUGUUUCUCACACGAGAUUUUCCCCCAGACAGAACAAGGUUUCUAUAGAAAGUAUUGGCAAAAUGGCGCAUGGACCUGUCACAGCUGUUGUGAUGUUUCUGAUUGCAUGUCACAGGACACUGGCUAUUAGUUUGUCAUCUAACAACGAAAUUGAAGAGCUGUCCUUAAACAAGAGAUCAGUGUCAUGCAACCAGUUAACCCCAAACUCCACCAUCUACUGGACUAUCUCACCUUUACAAGGACAGGUGAAACAGGUGGGAAUGUGUGAUGCGGUGACAUGCACAUCACCAUACGGUCCGAACGUCAACCUGGAACGACCUAGCCCCACGAGUUCCUCCCUAACCUUCCUGAAUGUCAGCCGGGAGUGGGCGGGUACAGUGGUGUGUACAGAACGUUUACUCAAUGGAAGUGAGCAGUCUGUCAACAGUACACUGGAUGUUUAUCACAAUUCCGGGGUCAACAACAGCAGUUUUGUGAUCAACCGCGAGGACUGGUCUCUGACUGUCAUUUUGACCGUCCCAAAAAUCUUCUCCGCUCUCGGCAACUACGGAGCUAAGGUCCGCUGUUUCUACAUGACUUCUAAGGUCAACGUGUCGCUGGUGUCAUACAACGAAUCGUCUAGAAUGUACAAUGUCGGCUACUUCUUUGUCACUUUGCUAGCCAGCCAUGCAAGAUAUAAAGAUAGAUACCGAGAAUGUUUAGACGACAUCCUCCUACUUCCUGGUAGAAAACAUUUUCGCGAACAAAGAUUGCGGCAUUCUUAUAACUUGCCUACACCAAACAUACUUUGUAACGAAUCCUACAUUCCUGAAGAGGGUCCUGUUAGCUGCAGCUGUAGUAGUACAUUUAAAGAGCAUCCCGAUGCCAGACUCAGGUGGAUGUUGGGAGAAAAAGUUGUAGCUUUCGGUGACUAUGGAGUCGAGUGGCUUCCGCUUCCACCUCAGGUCGUUAACCGCAGCCAUGACAGAACAAACCUCGAGUGCGAAGUGGAAUGGCUUUACAAUAUGCGCUAUCUGCACUGGAUACAGGUGGCAUAUGGACCAGAUGACAUCACCAUCAAGCCCUACAAAAAAAAAGUGGUCAAUGGCCGUGUCUACUUACCUCCAAACGGCUCAACCGAGGUAUGCCUGGAAUGCGAGGUGGGUGAUGUCCAGCCUUUGAAGUCAGAAAUGGUCACGUGGGACGGCCUGUGUGACGGUCAGCGAGGUUUUUAUUGUAUUCUGACAUUCAAAGGUAAAAUGGAUGAUGGGAAGGUGGUCACGUGCUCUGUCACCAACGACGCCAACAACAACCACACAGCCAACACCAGCAUCAUCCUCAACAUAUCAGGUCAGUCGAAGCAGACAAACGUUUUAUUCCUACUGCUUUUGUUAACUAUCGGGUUACUGUUAUCAAAUGAUGUUAUAAGUUCUUAACGGCAUAUUACUGGUAGGAAAAUACUUUUGUGUAAGUAAUAAUAACAAUAACAACAAGAUAUUUUUUUCCUUUUCAAACUUGUUUAAGUUCAGGUAAUCAUUUUUUGCACUUGAGGUCUUUAGCUGUACUUGUAACCUUCGAGUAUGCAUGUUUCUGCAGAGGCAGAUGAAAACUUUCCAGCAAACACCCACAAUUUGGCUCGUCAUUUACCAAGCUUAGGGAUAAUUUGUAUCAAACAACCCCACAAACAAAAGCCAUCAUGCCCGGUGCGUGCGCAACGCGAUCUGGUGAUCGAGAGAUUGGCAAACCCUCGCGCUGCCAAUAUGUUUGGUUCAAUCUUGGAGGCCCAAGAUUUAGCCAGUCUCGCUGACAUACAUAUGCAUGACUAUCAAGUCUUUGCUUUCGGCGUGUGCUCUUAGUUACUGUUUGUUUAAACAAUAGCAACUGAUAGCUAGCUCAUGUUCAUAUUUUUUAUACUUUAUGGCUAUUUGAUUAUCAAAAAGUAAAUACUUUUCACAAUCUUAACAUGCAAGAACGCUUACUCCAACCACAUGGCGGUUUCGUAUUUUAUCUGUUGGUGUAUAGUAUUCGGAUAAUUAUUUCCUCAUUCUUAAAUUUAUUCAUCAGUUUUUACUAUUUAGAUGUUCAUGAUUCAACAUUGAAAAAAAGAUUUCUGUUACAGAAUUAAAAUUCAUUGCUUUAGUAGCAGAAAUCAAUUAUGUAAUAAAUAAAUAUUUGAUCUUUCAUCGACCAGUCGCACAAUUACAAUGAUAACUUGAUUCUUGCUUCAUUAGUGUUUAUGUUUGUAAACCUAGCUGUUACUAAAGUUUUUUUUAAAGAUGAAGUGACAGUUUUCUGGUUGUUUACAAAGAUGUCUUACAGAAGGAGACACAUGAUCAAAACUCUUACGUUUUAGGCUCCAGAUGCUACAACAUCUACAUUUUAGAACACCUUGUUAAAUUUUCUGUGUGUGAUUUGAUUUUUUAUUCAUCAGUUUUCACAAUUCAGGUGUCCAUGAUUCAACAUUGAAGACAAGAUUUCUCUUACGGAAUUUAAAUUUAUUGCUUUAGUACAAAAAUGAAUUAUGUCAUAAAUAAAUAUUUGGUCUUUCGUCGACCAGUCACUAAAAACAAAUUACAACGAUAACUUGAUUCAUUGGUGUUUUGAAUUUUUUUUAUGUUUGUAAACCUAACUGUUACUAAAGUUUAUUACUCUUCCGUUUUAGGCUCCAGAUGCUACAACAUCUACAUUUUAGAACCUCCUGUAAAAUUUUCUUUGUGUGAUUGUAUGUUUUAAUAAAUUAUAUGCAUUUUAUAGGCCAUUGAAAUCAAUGUAGAAUGCUUAUUUGAAGCAUGUUUAGACAAAAGCUAUAGUAAUGAAAUUUCAGGCAAUGGCGCAUGCGGAAAAAAAACUUUCCUUUAUAGAGAAGAAGAUGUUAAAGACAGUUAAAACGACAGGGUAGCUAGCAGAAAAGAAUUUUGCCAACAGUGCUGUUGUAAGGUACCACCAAUAAGAAUAUUAUUUGUAAAGGUAAAGUCGAAGUUUUUUUAUGUUUACUGAAGAUAGUUUCUCGGUGUCAAAAUUCGUGGCUAGUUUACUAAUUUUUCACGUCCUGAAAAUAAAAUGGCUAAUACUUCCGUCGACCAUAUGUCCUACUGGCCAACGGAAGAAAAUCCGGAUCAAAUUCAGUAGACAAAAUUAUUCAUUUCUACAUUUUGUAUUGAUACUUAUUUUUAGUAGCUUUAUUAAAUUAAUGUUCCGAUAAUUUUCAUGUGCAAAAGACUUUCUAUUAACCGGAGCUCGAACAAUUGACACUUACAAGCAGCCGGAAAAAAGCUCCCGAAGAAAUACCACUUGAAAUAAAAAUUAAAAUAAAAUCAAUUUCAUGCUGAAAUGUAGAUCAUCCUGAUGUCUAUACAGUAAACUUUCUUCACCUACUAUAAUAGUUUUAAGUGUGUAAUUUGUUUUCUAAGCUGCUUGAAGUUUAAAAAAAGACAGUUAAAUUUAUUAAGUUGAAAAAUUUAUUGACUAACAAUGCACUCUACAUUCACCAAGCUUGUUUAUAAUAAAACUGUGUUACAUGAAGUUAAAGGUGUGCUAUAUUAGGCCGAGUUAUAAACAGAUUCUGGUAAUUUCAGGUGUUUGUGUAGCUCUGUUGUUUGAUGACAAAAGCAUUCUUGUGUAUAGUUAAUAUUCAGGAGCAAAGUGACAUUGUAUACGACAGAGCAAUGUGUAGACGCAGCUCUACACACACAAUGAAGUUGAUCCAUUGUCUUCUCAAUAAUGUAUUCUUUGAGAGUUUAUGCAGACUCUUUCCGUCACUGUAAGUGAAAAGAGAAGGACAUCGCCCUCCCGAAAAGCUGGCCCCGAGGAAGGUGAGGUCUCGAACUCUCCCUCCCUAACGACCUGAAAAAGGUCAAAGAACAAUUUUGUUCCCGUGAAUUGGACAGCGACACAAUCGUUUCCAUAUCGCCUGGGUUUCUGAGAUUUGGUAUUUUGUGGAUAACUUGUAUCAGCCAUUCUCUUUUCAGCCACCGGUACUGACGUCACACGGCUUCGGGCCCAAAUGGAGGUUUAAACAAGAAAAUCGUUUUUAAUAUCUGCUAUUUAAUUUAUGCUAUUUUUAUGUUCCAGUUAAUAAUUAGUGACACUAAAAGGAGUCUUUUGUUCGAGAUAUGUCAUUGAUAUAUAAGUAGUUCUAUAUGCACGUUUUGUGUAUGGUAUGAUACAAUAUGGUAUUUUUUGUAAUAUCUUUCAAGCAACCAAAAACAACGUUUAUACAGUGUCUACCAGUCACAUCUGGUGCCUGUUAGCUAAGAGUUUAUUUAGUUUGCUUAAGAAGAAAAUAAAAUAGUUCUUACUU